CAGCUUUAUUUCUGCCACAGGACCCUCCGGGACAACCAGCGAUGGCACACACAAGUAACUUCUUGUGGGUUUUGGGGUUUCUGCUUGUUCAUGGCUCCCUUGCAAGACCCCCAGAUGAACAGGAUUACUAUCAGCAGGAGAUUGCAUCCAGGGACAAUUAUUACUUUUACCCGGACCCUGAGGAGAUACAGACACCCCUGGAGCCAGAAGGAGGGGAGGAUGUGGCCCCAGAUCCUAUAAUGGAAGAGGUACAUCAGAGCCAGGACACAAGGGAGGAAGAGAACUACCCACUGCCCAAGAAAGAGAUCAGCAAACCUAAAAAGAUUAACAAGAAGCCAGGCAAUUUGCAUGUUCAGUAUAUGGCUGCCAAAAACAGUAGCAAGAAGACAGAGAAAAACAAGAAAACCUCGGAGAAGUUUGUUUAUGGAACAAGUGAGGAGAAGACAGUGCAAGAUGUCAGAGAAAGUUGUCCUCCUUUGGGACUGGAGACCCUAAAAGUAACAGACUUUCAACUACAUGCUUCAACGGUGAAACGAUAUGGUCUGGGAGCUCAUAGGGGGCGCCUCAAUAUCCAGGCGGGGGUGAAUGAGAAUGAUCUGUACGAUGGUGCUUGGUGCGCUGGGAGAAAUGAUCUGCAGCAAUGGGUAGAAAUAGACGCUCGAAGACUUACCAAAUUUACAGGGGUCAUCACUCAAGGCCGGAAUUCGCUGUGGCUGAGUGACUGGGUGACCUCUUUCAGAGUGAUGGUCAGCAAUGACAGCCACAGCUGGGUGAUUGCAAAGAAUGGAGCUGGAGACGUGCUAUUUACUGGCAACAGUGAGAAAGAGAUUCCUCUCCUGAAUGAAUUUCUAGAACCUUUGGUUGGCCGUUAUAUUCGGAUUAACCCUCGCUCUUGGUAUGAAGAGGGGAGCAUAUGUAUGAGGAUUGAAAUACUUGGAUGUCCUCUGCCAGAUCCCAAUAAUUAUUAUUAUAGACGAAAUGAGCUCACAACAUCAGACAAUCUGGACUUUCGACAUCACAACUAUAAGGAAAUGAGACAGCUGAUGAAGGUGGUAAAUGAAAUGUGUCCUAACAUUACCCGUGUCUAUAAUAUUGGACGUAGUCACAAUGGCCUCAAGCUCUAUGCCAUGGAGAUGUCUGACAAGCCCGGGGAGCACGAAGUCGGGGAGCCGGAGUUUCGCUACAUGGCGGGAGCCCAUGGAAAUGAAGCUUUGGGAAGGGAACUCCUGCUUUUAUUGAUGCAGUUCCUCUGUCAGGAGUACAACAUGGGCAAUAAACGCAUCUUACGGCUCAUCCAUAACACCCGCCUCCAUUUCCUCCCAUCUGCCAACCCUGAUGGAUAUGAGAAGGCUGCAGAACUGGGCUCAGAAUUAGGUGGUUGGUCACUGGGCCGCUGGACAUCCGAUGGGAUUGACAUAAACAACAAUUUUCCAGACUUGAACUCAUUGUUGUGGGAGUCAGAGGACCGCCCAAGGAAUCUCCGCAGGGUCCCUAAUAACCACAUCCCACUCCCUGACUGGUAUCAGUACCAAAAUGCCACGGUGGCGGUAGAGACCCGUGCUCUCAUCACAUGGAUGGAAAAGAUCCCCUUUGUACUGGGAGCAAACCUGCAGGGUGGGGAGCUGGUGGUAUCGUAUCCCUUUGACAUGGUGCGCUCACAAUGGAAGACGCAGGAAUAUACAGGAACACCAGAUGAUCAUGUGUUCCGAUGGCUGUCCUAUUCAUACUCCUCCACCCAUCGGCAUAUGACUGACUCCAGCCGAAGGCCCUGCCACGCUGAAGACUUUAACAAAGAGGAGGGCACUGUGAAUGGGGCCUCGUGGCACACAGUGGCUGGCAGUAUCAAUGACUUCAGCUACCUUCACACCAACUGCUUUGAGAUUUCCAUAUAUCUGGACUGUGACAAGUACCCACAUGAGAGCGAAUUGGCCGAACAGUGGGAAAAUAACAGAGAGUCUCUGAUUGUCUUCAUGGAGCAGGUUCACCGUGGGAUUAAGGGCAUUGUGAAAGAUAUUUAUGGCCGAGGAAUAGGAAAUGCUGUCAUAUCUGUGGAAGGAAUCAAUCAUGACAUUCGUACAGGGAGUGAUGGGGAUUACUGGAGACUACUGAAUCCAGGAGAGUAUGCCGUUACAGCUCGAGCUGAAGGCUUCACGCCAUCAACCAAGAACUGUGCAGUAGGAUAUGAGAUGGGAGCCACACGUUGUGACUUUGUUCUGACAAAGUCAAACCUAGCACGUAUUAAGGAAAUAAUGGAAAGAAUGGGGAAGCAGCCGGCGAGCAUGUCCCUGCAGCGUAGGAGAGUUCGCUUUAGACAAGGACGUCAUGUCUAAACUACGCCAAGCUUGUUGUUACAGUUUCCUGAACUCAGUGGUUGAAUGGAACACACAGGAAGUGGAAGGUUCUGAUCCACUAACAACUCGCUCAUAGGUAGAGCUUCUGAGAACUUUGCAUAUACUUUUUGACUUUUGUUGGCUUAUAACCUCCAAAUAUGAAUCUUUCAACGGAAUUAUAUAUAUGAAAAUCCCUUUCCUUUAAUACAAUAAGAACCUAAAGCUAGCCAUUUCAUAGACUCUCACUUUCAGUACAGAGAAAAUAUUAUGCCUACACUUCGAACUUUUGAAAAUAAGUCUUUACCAUAAAUGAGAGUGCAAAUCGUUGCUUGGAAUCAAGUGGCACCAAUUAAAAAGUAAGUUUGAAAUCGAGCAUGAACACAAAAUGAAAAUUCAACUUACAGCAAUGGAAACAAUGGAAACAGAAGGAAAAAAGUACAAGACGGGAUAAUUUAACAUGCAGCAUUUUUAUUCCAGAGGGCGAAGAUCGCAAUUACUAGAUGUGGACUAGAACUGUUUUUCUAAUUCUUUUCUGUCUUAAUUGUUUCUGCCCUCUUGCAGCUCCUUAUUAAUAUGACAUUUAAUCUGUUUUGUUUUCAUACUAUAAAACGGCAUAUUAGACAUUAAUCCUCCUGCUGCCGUAGAGAGCACACAGAAUUUUCAAGGCUGAAUUGUUUACUUAUGCACUGUAUCAGAAUAAAUGUUGUCAAUUGGGUUAUUUUAGAAAUAAAUAAGCUGCAUAUGGUAAACCGGGUUGAGCCACAUGUUAGGAUGAACAGAAGGCUUUACUGGGUGGGUUUUUUCCAGAAGAAAAAUGUUACUGUUGGACA